AUGGAUUAUCUCACGUCUGUCUCGUCAGGUAGAUUCAGUCCAGCCGGCCAGGGAGGGACAAUGAGCUCUCUCUUGACGCUGUGGCUGUACGUGGCCCUGCCACGUCUGCUGUGGGCGUCACAUGUCAGUCUGAUGGUGGAAGGGGACAAUGAUGCUUCCAGGAUCUGUAAACCCGCCCCCCAGUGGAUGAUAAAGGGACAAGAGCCAAUGCAAGGGCAGCUGGGAAAUGUGGUUGUGGUGGCACUACUUAAGGCCAGCUGACAGUUCUGUCUCACUCAGGCCUCCAAAAUUGGAGGCCUGCGUGACAAGCUGAACCGCAGCAACCUGACAGACGUGUCUUUUAUGAUAGUAAAUGAGCGCGAGGCUCAGUCCAGAGCCAUGUACUGGGAGCUGAAGAGAAGAGCGCCCCCUGGUGUUCCUGUCUACCAACAGACUCCCCUUCAAAAUGACGUGUGGGAGGCUCUGGAUGGGGACAAAGAUGACUUUCUGGUCUAUGAUAGGUGUGGUCUGCUCACCUUCCACAUAGUGCUGCCUUACAGUUUCCUGCAUUCCGUCUACGUAGAGGCUGCAAUCAGAGCCACUUAUCAUAAAAACAUCUGCAAUUGCACUGCUAAUUCUGCUUUGUCAGGUGGCAAGAACGGCCUCAUGAAGAACGAGACUACGCAGUUUAAUAUCAGCCAGACAACUACAAUACCCAAAAUUCAACUGGACACAGAUGAUCCGGAGGGUGGAGUCACAGCUCUUAGGGCGACUCGUCACCACGACCAUUCUCAUCAUCAUCAUCCUAAUCACCACCAACACCAUGAUACCAGUCACCAAAAUCAGUCCCAACCUCAGCAUCAGACAAGCCAUCCUCAUCAUCACCAUCCUCAUCAUCACCAUCCUCAGCAUCAUCAUGAUCAUCAGCAGCAGCCUGGCAACCACAGUCAUCAUGGUGGGAUGGAUGAAUAAUUAGGAUGCCAGCAUCCCUAGUGUUUAUACUUGCUUCUUUCUUAGUAUUUUUCUUUUGGUGAAAUGUUUUAACUUUGCUGGCAGAACAUGCAGGUAAACCGUGAAUCUGUUGAAGCAGUGAUCAGAUUGUGGUUUCUCUGCUAGCAUCUCCACACCGCCCUCCUCUGUGUAGAUAACGUAGCCAGUGCUAGCCUGUCUUCUCCCAUUAAUGAAGUCUCCGGUGUAAAACCUGCCUGCAGGAGGCUGUAGAUGGAUGUGUGUGGAGAGACUGGAUUUGCUGAUGGUUAUUGUCACCCGGACAGAGUCAGAGGAUGUUGUGUACUGCUGCUGAGUAAACCUCAGUCAGAUUACUGUCCAAACAGUUUUCCUUCUGGGCUCAGUUGCCGUUUGUGUUUAUCCUGUCUUGUGCAGGAUAUGGAGUGAUAUGCUGUACUACUACAUCACUAUGUACAUAUAACACGAGUUUCAAGCGCUUUCCUUUAUACAUUUCAAUGUGUACAAGCAUUUUGGUGUAAUAAAUUAGUAGACUAAUCAAAUUAAAUCAUAAAAUAUUAUUAACCACACCUGCAAAUGCAUUAGUUUUCCCUUGUACUUGAAGUAUAUGCAGUAUUA